GAAUUUCCGAAAAGAGUCCUUGAAAACAAUCUUCUUAGGGGUGGUCUAUAAACAUAAGAGAGAAACAAAGUGAAAAAAAAGAGAUGCUGGGAUUUUCAUAUGGAGAGGUAUUUCUGUUGCUUGGUGCUACUGCUGCUCUUAUUGGACCUAAAGAUCUACCAAUCAUCGCUAGAACACUAGGCAGAUUUGCUGGGCGUUCGAUUGGUUAUGUUCAAUUGGCCCGUGGCCAGUUAGAAAGUGUCAUGCAGCAGUCCCAAGCUCGCCAGGUGCAUAAGGAACUGCAAGAUACCAUGGCUCAACUAGAAGCUAUACGUCAUGAAAUUCGAACAAUCUCUUUUAUGAAUCCUGGUCCACUGACAUCAAAGCUAGUGGACAACAUCAACACUACAGCUGGGGAUAACACGACUGCAAAUGGACCUCAAAAAUCUGAUGAAGAGAGCACAAUCGUUGAAAAUGGACCUAAAAAAUCUGAUGAAGACAUUACAAUAGUUGAAAAUAGACCUCAAAAAUCUGAUAAAGAGAGCAAAACAGUAACUAUCACACCUAAGGAACAUAAUUCAAGGAACUCAGCUUUAUCUGAUAUGCACAGCCAAGCAGCUGCUUAUGCGAGAUUGGCAGAGAUGGCUCCUUUGAAAUCUGUAUCUAUAGAGAGAGAAGGUCUGAGUGAACUGACCGAUGAAUCUGGCAGUAUUGUUGUACUUCCUGUCUCUGCUGAAAGCGCAGGAUUGUUGCCAAAACGUAAAGCUGGAGCAAAAGGGUCUGACAUUAUCUUAGAAGCAAUACUGGAGGCAGAUGUGGCAAAGAAUGCCAAAGAAUUUUUCUCACAGCCACAAAACCAAUUAAAAAGUGAAUGAAGAGGUUUACUUUCCAACUUUAAGACCAAUUCUGUAAUCUUUAUUUAUUAAAAGACAACACAUUAGAGGUUUACUAAGUUUAUGGUUCUUUUGAAGCCUAUAUGUUAGGCUUCCUCGUAUUUAGGCAAUGUGAAUUACAUUGCAUCUAAAAAGCAUAGAUUUGCAUAGAAUAGCUUAGUUUGGUAGGUUUGUACUUUUGUUUGGUGAUCCUCUAUAUCCUUCCUUUCAAAAGUUCUUAGCAU